AUGCCCGACCUUCUCGGCGUCCAGGAAAAGAAGGAAGAGGCCCGUGAUCCGCCCCAAUUCAAGUUUGGAUUUGUGCCUGCAAGCACCGACGACAAGAAUCCUACUGGAGAAAAGCCUGCCUCAGUCCCUGCUCCCACUCCUGCUUCAGAUUUCAAGUUCUCAUUUGGUUACAUACCCGACCAAGAACCUCCACGCAAAUCUCUCAGGUCUCACGGACACAUAGAUAAGCAAGCGGCAGAGCCUGCAGACGGCCCGUUACCCAAACCUACCACCGAGUCAAAGAAGACCAAGACAAACGAAGCAUCGGAGAAUGCUACUAAGGAGAGCACUGCAACUUUCGCGUUCUCAUUUACAGGAAUCGCAGCAUGCAAACCGUUAGAGCCAACAGUUAAGGCAGCAUUUAGCUUUCCCAACAUGGGGCCAUUAAAGGCAGACGACAACGCCCAGGGUCCACCAGUUGCAGAGCAUAACGCCUCUCUGGUUUCGGCUAAGAACUACACGACCACCCAAUCAGUCGACAAAAAGGAUUAUCAAAACAAGAACAGUCUUUUCGAAGGCGGGGACGUCGAGCUCUACCACUAUGAUAAGGAGGAUGGUAGGUGGGUUGCCAAGAACAAAGGAUACUUGCAGAUUAUUAGCGUAGAGGAGUCGCCAGAAGAUCGCCAGCUCGUCUUUUCGCGCGUUGGAACGAGUAUUGUUGCAAUAAACUCACGCUUAACAAAGGAUGUGAACGUUGUUCCCGAUAAGAAGCGAUACCUCAAGCUCGCCAUCCACAACGAUCUAACGAAGACCUCCAUGAUCGCGCUCUUUAAGUUCGCAACGGAGGAGCUCCGCGACACUUGUCUUGCAGCAAUGCCGCAGAAAGACUCCAGCGAGGGGAAGGCAGAGGAGCACACCAAGUAA